ACGCGCGGUCACGAUGACUCCGGAAACGACGCCGAGCAGUUCCGGGAGUGACAACUCGAAGCGGCCGCUGAAGAGCGGCGAAGAGCGGCUGAUGGUGGCGGUGAGGAUUAGGCCGCUGCGGAACGACGAGCCGCAACGAGUGCUGUACGCCCUCAACAAGAAAAACGUGGUUUUGGAGGAUAGUGAUAAGAGCGACGUGUUGAGGUCGAAGAGGGGGUAUGAUAAGCAGUAUUCGUUCGAUGUGGUGUUCGGGGAAGAGUCCACCCAGGAGGAGGUGUACGAGAUCACGACGAGCAGUCUGGUGAAGGAUGUGCUUAAUGGCUACAACGCCACAGUUUUCGCCUAUGGCGCCACCGGUGCCGGCAAGACCCAUACCAUGGUCGGUGACUCAUCCCAACCCGGAAUCAUGGUGCGUGCCUUAAACGAUAUCUUCGAAACCGUGAAAGGAAAACAAGAUCAAUAUUCAGUGUCCAUGUCGUACUUGGAGCUGUACAACGAACAAAUCAGGGACCUUUUGAACCCGGCGUCUGGGUAUCUGGAACUGAGGGAGGAUUCCAGGGGUCGAAACAUUCAAGUCGCCGGCUUACAAGAAGUGUCAACGACGUCAACCAAUGAGGUGAUGCAACUGCUACAAAAAGGUAACAAAGCUCGCACCAUCGAGCCCACCGCCAUGAAUAAAACGUCAUCGCGUAGCCACGCCCUGUUGAGUGUAACUGUCAAACACACCACGCCCCUUGAUAAAAACGAUCGCCUUCGUCUGCGCAUCAGACAAGGACGGUUGUUCAUGAUAGAUCUAGCUGGUUCCGAACGGGCCAAUAAAACCAAAAACCGUGGAAAGCGUCUCCAAGAAGGCGCCCACAUCAACCGGUCGCUUCUAGCUCUAGGUAACUGCAUCAACGCUCUGAGUGGUGGGGCUCGCUACGUCAACUACCGCGACUCCAAGCUGACUAGAUUGCUCAAAGAAGCUUUGAGCGGUAACUGUCGUACGGUGAUGAUCGCACACGUGUCACCUAGUUCUGGACAGAAAGACGAGUCUAGAAAUACUCUAAUCUACGCCGACCGAGCCAAUAACAUUUCAACUAAAGCCGAACGCAACGUAUUGGACGUGUCGUACCACGUGACCCAAUACCAAACCGUGAUCAACGAAUUGCGUGACGAGAUUUCAAGGUUACAGCAGAAGAUGAACGAAGAGCGGCCGAGAUCAGCCGACAUACGACGAAUGAACGCGGAAGAAAGAAGCAACGAAGUGAAGAAACUGAGGGAGCAGAUCGUGGAGACGUUCAAAACGCAGAUGAAGCUGAGGCGGAAACUAAUGGAGAUUGAUUCUCAUUUGUUGGGGUUGGGGAUGGAGGCGGAGCGACAACACUUGAUCAUAUCUCAUUGGGAGUCGCGGAAUAACAAGUUGUAUAAGAACAGCGUGAACGAAUCACGGGCGAGGACACAACAAACGAUUAGGAGGAGGAAAUUGGUGACGGCGGAGGGGUUCAGGAGCGCCGGUAACGAACAGGAGGAGGAGGAAGAGGCGGAUCUUGAAGUAGAGGGCGGGGAGACGGCGGUGCAGCAAGCGUGGGGGGAACUAGCGGACAUCGAACGGGAGCAAGAAAGGUGGUCGGAGCUGCGGACGCACAUCGAACAAAAAUUGGAGGUGUGUCGACAAAGAGGCGUGGCGUUGGAAGACAAACUCCCGUCGCUGCUGUCGUCCGACGACGAGCGCGAGAUUCUCGCCCUUAUGUGUCGCGUGCACGAACUGGAAGCCGACAAGAUGGCGCUGCAGUCGGAGCGGUUGGUGCGUCAGCACGAACUGCGCCGAAGAGAUUUGCUCAUUUUGAGGUACGACAGGCAGAGGCAACUGUGCGAAGAAAUAAUCACCAGGCAGCGACAACUGAUUGAAGACGGCAAAAUCAAACUCCCGCCGGAUUUGCAAGAGCUGUACCAGUUCUACCAACAGGAGAUUCACGCGUCUACUUAUGCCGAUUUGACGCCGACCAGCGACAAGUUACCCCCGAUUAGUAAAAUUUACAGUGACCCGAUUUUCCGACGUACGGCCACGGAGAGCGGGAGCGACGCGAGUGGACCUUCACCUCCGUCGUCAGCCGAUUCGGACGACAUUCCGGCGUUACCAACCCUGAACGACGAAAGUAUCGAUAGGGUGAUGGGUCACAUUGUUACAAGACCAGGGGCUCCAAUGAAGCUUCCGCCUUUACCGCCGAGUCCUCCGCUCAGGCUACCCAGAACCUCGACGAGUCAAAAUCUGCGGCGGGCCCUCAGCGAGGACAGGAUAGGUGAUGGAAUUUGAAGACGCACACUUUUAAGAAAAUUUAUUUUUAUUGUAUCUUUGGUAGUUUAAAUAAAUCAUGUUCUAUAAAAG